UGAGGAAGGAAAAGUUUGUUGCAGCGUCUUAUGUUAUCGAUUGUCUGUUGCAGAAAGGAAAAGUAAGGGAUGAAAAUAUGGAAAUUUUACUGGUCACUAAUCACCCAUACACAUUUAGUAAGGAGAAGGGAGAGGCAAAUAGAGACGGCGUGGGGCAGCGAAAUGAAAAGGUGAAGAGGAAAUCCCUCAAAUAUUGACUUUUUUGUCUACCCCUCUUCCCUAAAUUAUUGGCAUUUUCUUUUACCGGACCUCUCCACCCCGAGACAUUGUCCACUCCCUUUGAUCUUUACCGCUACAUGCCCUCUCCCUUUUAUCGGACCCCUCCACCCCGCGACAGUGCCCACUCCCUUUGAACAUUGCCGCGGCAUGCUCUCUCCCUUUUGGUUUUGUCGGACCCCUCCACCACUUGACGGGUAGUGGAUUAGUAAAAAGCCGCGACGGUGACUGGCUGUUAACUACUUCCAAAUAAAAAAAUUAUUUUUAAAGGAAUAUUUUGGCAAAAGACGCCCUUAAAAGACUUGACCUUCGAACAGCAGAACAUGCAUUUGUUAAAUUACAAGAUUAUGGGGGAAUACUUUUUCUUAAAAGAUUGCAAAAUAUUCACUCUGAUUCUUUAAAAAGAGCUGAAGUUUCUGUUUUUCUUGGUGAUUUGGAAAUGGCUGAAAAAAUUUAUUUUGAGAAUGAUAGAAGGUGAAAAGGAGAUUUGAAGGGGAAAUAAAGGGAAAGAAAGAACUUUAAAUUAAAAUUUAAAGAGAUUUAGCUAUUGAUAUGUUAAAGAAAAUGCAUGAUUGGUUUCGAAUUCAACAAAUUUUACAAACAUCAAAUGGGCCUGGAGAUGAUGCUUUGGCACAACAAACAUGGCAACAUGUUGGAGAUUAUUUUGCUGAAAGACAGAAAUGGCAAAGUGCCGCUCGUUAUUACGAACAAUCUCGAAGUUACUCGGAAUUAGCACGUUGUUAUCUAAUGAUGGAUGAUUUCGCUCGAAUGGAAACACUUGGACAGGAAUUACCUGAAGGCCAUGAAGUAUUAAAUCAAUUAGCUGAAACAUUUACUAGUUAUGGACUUUGUGAACAAGCUGUGGAUUGUUAUUUAAAAUGUAAUCGAAUAAGUGAUGCUUUCGAAACUUGUAUUAAAUUAAAUAAAUGGGAUCGAGCUGCUGAACUUUCUGAUCGUUAUCAUCUUGCUAACGUUGAAAAUUUACUUAAUCAAUAUGCACAUCAAAUUGUGGGAAAUAAAACAAAAAAUUUGGCUAUCGCUCAGCUUUAUUCAAAAGCGGCUAAAUAUUUGAAGGCUGCAAAAAUUGUUUAUGAGGUGAAAAAUGAAAAGGAAUUUAAUAAAAAAUUCAUUAAAAAAUUAAAGGUAGCGAAUUCAGAACAUCAAAAACAAGCACCCCCUCUUCGUUUAAAAAAACUUUAUGUAAUGGGGGCUCUUUUAGUUGAAGAAUAUUAUGAACAAAACCGACAAAAAAUUGCAAAAAGAAAAGAAGAAAGUGGAGGGUCUUCAUCAUUAGCUUUAGAUGGCCUUUUAGCUAGUGAUCAUAAUUUAAGUAUGGAAGAAGUUAGAAUGAUAGAUACUUCUUGGAGAGGUGCGGAAGCUUAUCAUUUUUUUAUGUUAGCCCAUUCACACUUAUAUAAGAGUGAUUAUGUAUCGGCAGUCAAAACAGCUUUAACCCUUACAAAUUAUGAGGAUUUAUUAGAUCCUAUGGAAGUUUAUUCUUUAUUAGGUAAUUGA